AGUUUGGUAUAUGAAGUUUCGUAUGGACAUGAUGAAGACUGGCAGACUGCACAGGGCAAGGAUAAUUGGGACACACCUUUAUUCAUUUGUUUGUAUAUAUAUAUUUAUAUAUAGCAGCUAAUAUAUUGAUGGAUACAUACAAGAAUUUUUGCAUUAUUGCUUUAAGCAGGGAAUGACAAUCUGGAAAAAAGGUUGAUGUGCUGAUGAGUGAUGAUGAGUGGAUGGAAUUUGGUUUAAGCAUCUAGGUAGGGAUAUAAGGAAAGCCAAGAUACAAAAUUUUAGAAAAAUGCACAAAUAUAAUUAAAAGAGAAACGAAAUGGAAAACAGGAAAUGGCGGGGAUCAGUUGGGGGCAUAGUUGAGGCCCCCAUGGAAGAGGUCUGGAAAAUGGUGUCAAAAAGCAGCAAGCUUUGUGAAUGGAUGCCAAUGGUGGAAAAGUGCACAGAUUUGGCCGGAGAAGAAGGCGUUCCAGGCCACACCCGCCUAGUCUCGGGGUUCAUGUUCCCACAGGAGAAUGGAGACCGGUCAUGGAUCAAGGAGAGACUGGUUUUCAUGGACGCUGCGUCGCAUAGUUACUCUUACAGAAUGGAGGCAAGCAAUGUGGGACUUGAUGGAUCUGUGAAUUCACUGAAAUUGUUGGAAUAUGAUGAGGGUUCCACUCUGGUUGACUGGAGAUUUGAGAUGGAUCCUCUUGAAGGCUCCUCUGAGGACACAAUCAUGGAUUUCUUGGGAUUUCUUUACAAGUCUUGCAUUCAUAGGAUCAAAGCUGCUAUAGAGCUUUCCCAGCUGGGAAAGUCCUCCCAGGAAAUUCAAGAUUUUGAUUGACUGAUAGAUAUCCAAGCAUAUUGUCAAAAAAUUGUUUAAAGACCUAUAUUCAUGAUACACACACACAUAUAUAUAAUAUACAAGGCUUCUGUUUUCCAUUCCCAAUCAUUGUUUUUACUGCAUGAUGAUGUUCUAAGCUAAAAAUGCUACAGUGACUAAUAGUUGGUUUGAACGAUCACCUUAAAGUCUCUAACUGAAAAUCGAAUCUGAGGGAUUAUUGAGAGACCUUGACUAAUAAAAGGAGAUGAAGACCCCUCAUUGUGGAGAUUCGAAUUCCACUAGAAACUUGAGGGUCAUUGGAGGUCUUGAGCGAUCAGAGGUGUCCAGUUUGGGAUUCGAAUUCCUCGAAAACUUUGGGGUCAUUGUGAGACCUUGCUCGAUCAUAGGAGAUGAAGACCCCAGUGUGGGGAUUUGAAUCUUACUGAGAACCUGAAGGAUUAUUGGAAGACCUUAACCGAUUAGAAAAGAUAAGACUUGAAGAAAAUGUUGUAGCUGCCCAGUUCUUGAUUUCUGAGGAAAGUUGUGCAGGAGCUAUGUUAAAUUUUGCUGUUUAUAUAAGGUUAUUUUGAUGGAUAAAGCUUGUGCAGAAAGCAGUCAGAAAAUUCCUACUGUGGUUUUAAAAUCAUUGUAAUAAAUUCAAAGAAACAAUAUAUCUCCAAUCAGAAGUGGACACCUUUUUGCUGUCAG